AUGUUUUUUUAUUAUAUAAAUGCUAAUGCUUACGGCUGUCCCAGACACAUCCAUGCUGGCCAGCGUCUCAACAGCAGCAUUACCACCUCUGGGUAUUCAGGAGAUCUGGAGCAGCACGUGGGUCACCUCGAACACGUGGUGGUGAAGGUCCUGAUUGUCCACCCACGCCGAGGAGACCUGGAGAUUAACCUCAUCUCUCCGUCUGGGACCAGAACACAGCUGCUGGCCAAGAGGUUGUAUGACAGUUCCAAAGAGGGCUUCAGGAACUGGGAGUUCAUGACAGUUCAUUUCUGGGGUGAGAGGGCAGAGGGCACAUGGACUCUAGAGAUUGUUGACUCACCAUCAAAGCUACGCAACCCUGAGGUGCUGGGCAACCUAAAAGAGUGGACACUAAUCCUGUUUGGCACAUCUCAGAACCCUUCCCAGCACCCCGCUGCUCAGUACUCACAUUCAAGGAUGUCAGAGAACCCAGCUACAGUGGAGAUCCUGGAAGAACCAGAGAUGGAGGAAGAAGACGAGUACGUUGGACCUUGCCACAGUGAGUGUAGAGACCAGGGCUGUGACGGACCCGAUAUUGAUCACUGCCUCAACUGUGUCCACUUCAGCUCCGGCAGCUUGAAAAGUGGCAGGUAAGAGUUCAAAGAAACUCUACAUUUGCAAAUCUGCCUAGCUCCAAAGAAAGGACAGAACGUCUGGGAAUAGCUGGUGAACAGUGAUAGCUGGUGACCCAGACAGUGUCUAAAGGAGAUUGUAAGGUUGUCCGUAGCUGGCCAGAAACACAACUUAAAUAAAUUAUAAUGUUGGUCAAUUUGUGCUGGAUAGACGGUGUUUGCUAGCACGCUUGCCAUAAGAACUUAAUAGUAUACAGUAUAUACAGUUUCUGUUAGCAUAUAUGCUAAAAUAAUCAUUAAUAGAACUGCCAUCAAUGCAGCAGUAGCAGGGUUGUGUUCAGGGAGUGGUCUGGGGUAGAUCCAUCCAUCCAUCUAUCUUCUCCCGCUCAUCCGUGGUCAGGUCGCGGAGGUAGCAGUUCCAGCAGAGAGCCCCAAACGUUCCUUUCCCUGGCCACAUCAACCAGCUCUG